AUGGGCGCCGGCGGCAGGAUGUUCGCAGAGGAGGAGAGCCGCCCACUGUCCCGAUACUCUAACAAAGGGAAACGGAAGGGUUUCGGUGCCGUCCACCGCUUCCCGGCGGAGAAACCGCCCUUUACCCUCGGCGAUCUCAAGAGGGCCAUCCCGCCUCACUGUUUCGAACGAUCAGCCCUCCGUUCCUUCUCUCACCUCGCAAGAGACCUCAUCCUCUCCGCUACGCUUCUCUACCUCGCAAUCAGCUUCAUCCCCCUCCUCCCCUCGCGACUUCAGAUCGUCGCGUGGCCGGUGUACUGGGCCGCACAGGGCGCCGUGCUCACGGCCCUUUGGAUCCUCGGCCACGAGUGCGGCCACAACGCCUUCUCUCCCUACGCCCUCCUCGACGACAUCGUCGGAAUGGUGCUCCACUCCGCUCUCCUCAUCCCUUACUUCUCCUGGAAGUACAGCCACCGCCACCACCACACCAACACCAACAACAUCGACCUCGACGAGGUGUGGGUCCCCAAGACCAAGCCCAACCUGUCCCCCCUGGCCAAGUACCAGAACAACCCCCUCGGCCGUGUCGUCGGCUGGCUGGUCGCGCUCACGGUCGGCUGGCCGCUGUACCUGGCCUUCAACAUCGAGAGCCGCUUCUACGACCGUUUUGCCAGCCACUACGAUCCCUACGGCCCCAUCUACAACGACCGCGAGAGGACCCAAGUGAUCAUCUCCGACCUUGGCGUCCUCGCAACGGUCGCACUCCUCCUGAAGCUCUGCGCCGCCUAUUCUCCAGCUGCCGUCGUCGGGCUGUACGUGCUUCCCUGGAUGGUGGCCAACGGCUUCAUCGUGGUGACGUCGUACCUGCAGCACACGCACCCCUCGCUCCCCCACUACGACUCAUCGGAGUGGGAAUGGUUCAAGGGGGCCCUGGCGACUGUGGACAGGGAUUUCGGUCCGGUGCUCAACAAAGUGCUGCAUAACUUCACGGAGACGCACGUGGCGCACCACCUCUUCUCCAAAAUGCCUCACUACCACGCCCUGGAGGCCACCCGGGCCAUCCGGCCCAUUCUCGGGGAGUACUACCAGUUCGACCGGACUCCCGUCCUCAAGGCGAUGUGGAGGGAGGCGAACGAGUGCCUCUUCGUCCAACCUGACCAAGGCUCGGACAAGAGCGGAGUGUUCUGGUACAGCAAUAAGCUGUGA